AACAUCAGGUAAGCAGAAGAUUGGAGAAAGCAAGAUGAGUGUUCCUGCAAGUAGUUGCAGUAGUCCCAAUUCUGCAGAAACAGUCAGUGAUUUUAAAGAUCUCUGGACAAAACUGAAGGAAUGUCAUGACAAAGAAGUACAAGCCUUACAGAUCAAAGUAACCAAGCUGAAAAAAGACCGGAUUUUAGAUGCACAAAGAUUGGAAGAAUUUUUUACCAAAAAUCAACCACUGAGAGAGCAACAGAAAGCCCUUCAUGACACUAUUAAAGUUUUGGAAGAUCGGUUAAGAGCAGGGUUAUGUGACUGUUGCGCAGUGACUGAAGAACACAUGAGGAAAAAACAACAGGAGUUUGAAAAUACCCAGCAACAAAAUCUUAAACUUAUCAGUGAACUUAUGAAUGAUAAGAAUGCCUUACAAGAAGAAAACAAAAAACUUUCAGAACAACUACAUCAGAAAAUUGAGAAGAAACAGCAUAAAGCAGCUGAGCCUGAGGAGGAAAUUAUCCGUUCACCUAUAUUGACUUUCUCAUUUCCUGGACUUAACAGACUACGAAGAAAGAAGGAGAACCUACAUGUUCACUAUAUAGAGCAAACACAUACUGAUAUGGAGCACCCCCUAUGUACAAAUAAAUUAGCGAAAGGUCUAAAGUCUUCAACUCAGCUGCAGCAAAACUACUAUGAAACUGAAAUUCUUGUAGCAGACACUUGUGAUCAAGCAUUAUCACCUAUGACCAAUAUCCAAGAUGCCAACAGUUAUCCUAUUGAGAAAUCAUCUUUUAGCUUAGCUGCAGUGGUUGCGGAAACACUUGGACUUGGUGUUCAAGAAACUGACUCUCAAAGUACUCUGAAUCCUCUCAGUGAAGAACUGAACCAUCAUCAGGAAGCAGAGCCAAAGAAACAAUCCUUUCAGGAAUCUACAAAAAAUAAUGAAGAUGGUUUGAGAUUUUCAGAUUCCCCUCCAAGGACUCCACCAGAACUUGACUGGUCUGCUCAAGCAUCUUCUCCUGGUUUGGGGGCUACUUCAAAUGUGAAAAAUGGCUUAAGCUUGAAUACAAGCUUGUCCCCUUCUCUUUUAGAGGCUGGAAAAAAGUCCCAUCUCAAAACAAUUUCCCUCAGUAAUACUUCUAAUUCUAGACCACAGAAACCUAGAUCCAAAUCUGAAGACACCAGCCUUGUUACAUGCCUUAAUCUUGGUUCUCAAGCAAGCACUGUUAUUGAUCAUUCUUAUUCCAUUAAGCAAAUGCUUGUGAGAAAGAAUAUAAAUGAGUCAGUAAGUGCACAGGUUCAGACUGAUAAUCCAGAAGAUGCAGCUAUUGAGAAAAGUGAUCUUUUUGUGCCAUCGAAACCACUGGGAGGCAGAGGAGCCAAAAGGAAGAAGACUAAAGAAGAAAGUGGACGUUGUUCCCAAACCUCUUUUGAUAAAGAAAAUGCUUUUCCUUUCCGAGGGGAUACGCAUCCUUCCGUCAAUGGAGACUCUGUAAUGGACAAGCCCCUGGAUCUAUCAGAUCAAUUUUCAACUAUCCACCGUCAAGAGAAAAGCCAAGGAUAUGAGGUUACUGGUGGUUAUGAGCCAAUAAAAAUGAAAGGCAGGAUGGGAUAUGGAGAUUGUGAACUUGCCUCAGUUCUUCAGUUAAAUCCUUGUAGAGUAACUAAAGCACAAGCUCUACAAGAUAAUCAAGAUAAAUCAUCCCUGGAAAAUAUCCAGUGGAGUAUAGAUCCAGCAGCAGAUCUUUCUCAAUAUAAAAUAGACAUUACUGUAAUAGAUACAAAGGAUGGUAGUCAAUCAAGAUUAGCAGGCGAGACUAUGGACAUGGAUUGUACCUUGAUUAGUGAAACUGUGCUUUUAAAAAUCAAGAAGCAGGAGCAGAAAAGUCCAAAGUGAGAAAGAAAAGUGAAUGAUAGUCUAACAGAAUUGUUUGAUCAGUCAACACAUGAAGAAUACGAAUCCUAUUUGGCAGAUAGUUCUCCAUUGUGUGAGCAAGAAGAAAAUCUCCAAGUAGAAGAUGAAGAAUUAUCAGUUGCUGCAAAGAAACUAAACAGUCAUGAAGUUAUACCAGAUAAAGUCAAACAAAAAGCAUUUGUGGAGCCUUAUUUUAAAGAUGACGAAAGAAAGACCACAUUGCAAAAUUUCCCUCACAUUGAGGUGAUACGGAAAAAAGAAGAGAGGAGAAAAUUGCUUGGACACACAUGUAAAGAAUGUGAAAUUUAUUAUGCAGAUAUUCCAGAAGAAGAAAGAGAAACGAAACUAGCUUCCUGUUCAAGACACCGUUUCCACUAUAUUCCUCCUAACACACCUGAAAAUUUCUGGGAAGUUGGGUUUCCUUCAACUCAAACUUGUGUGGACAGAAAGUACAUUAAGGAAGAUCUUGAUCCUUGUCCACGUCCCAAAAGGCGGCAGCCUUACAACGCAAUGUUUUCUCCAAAAGGCAAAGAACAGAAGCCAUAG